CCUUUUAUUAGCCUUAUUUAUAGGAAAUGCGUGUGUUUUUAGUGUGUCGCUGUUGCCCAAAAAUAUGCUUGUGGACCCUUAAAUUCUCCCAUACAUUGCAUCUCCCACAACCUUAUUCUCUGUGAUUCUCCAUAUUUUAAUCCGAUUCAUUUAGAUUUCGUGCUGUACUAAUCCCAAUCUCCCAAUUGGCACUGUUCAUUUCAGGUUCGAUUUCUGCAAGGUCAAAUCCUAGUUGUGGGCUUUCUGCCAGUUUCACUAGUUUUGGUGAGAGUGAAUGUAGAUGUGAAGCUGUUGUUGAAGUGAAACUAUGGAAGGAAAUUUAUCUAGUAGAAGUGGAAUGCAAGGCAACACUUCAUUUGGGGGUUUCGAUUUGCAAGGGCCGAUGAGGGCUCAUCAUCACCAGCAGCAGCAACAGGCGCAUGUGCCUCAUCAUCAUGUUCGACAAGGAUCAUCCAUGGUUCAUCACACGAUCCAUGAGAAUUUCCCCCUAACGAUGGGGAGCAGUCAAGAGGAGCCGUCUUUCUCGCUGACGGACUACAACAAGAUGGAUAGGGGUAAGUCCGCGAGUGAUGAGGAUGACCCGAGCUUCACGGAGGAUGCUGCUGACAAUAGGGGUGAUCCGAGCAAAGGCAAGAAGGCAUCUCCAUGGCAGCGUGUGAAAUGGACUGACGGCAUGGUGAGGCUGUUGAUCACGGCCGUUUCGUACAUUAGUGAGGAAGCGGCUGCUGAGUAUGGAGGCGGUGGUGCCCGAAGGAAAUAUGCGAAUUUACAGAAGAAGGGGAAAUGGAAAUCUGUUUCCAAAGUCAUGGCUGAGAGGGGUCAUUUUGUUUCACCACAGCAGUGUGAGGAUAAAUUUAACGACCUUAACAAACGGUACAAGAGGCUGAAUGAGAUUCUAGGAAGGGGAACUUCGUGUGAGGUGGUCGAAAAGCCUGCACUUUUGGAUGUGAUGGAUCACAUCCCGGAGAAGGCAAAGGAGGAGGUACGGAAGAUUCUGAGCUCGAAGCAUUUGCACUAUGAAGAAAUGUGCUCUUAUCACAACGGGAACAGGUUGCAUCUCCCAGCUGAUCCCGAGUUGCAGCGCUCGUUGCGCUUGGCUCUUAGGAGUAGAGACGAUCAUGACGAAAGUGAUGCAAAAAGGCAUUUAAAUGAUGAUAACGAUGAGGAUGAUCACGAAGCCGAAUAUGAGGAUCAUGGUGAAUUUGAAGAAAAUCAGGCGUUAGCAGGAGAUCGCAGGGCGUAUUUGCUAGGGAAUCCGGCAAAGAGGGUGAAACAAUGCCAGACUCAUGACGAAUUUAGUUUCAGAAAUUCUUUGAGUUCUUUAGAUUGCAACAAGACAUUCAGUUUUCAGGUGGAAAACGCCGACUCUGAUGUAAACAAAGCUCCUGCUGAAGGCUCUAAAAUGAAUGCCAUCGCACCGAAGCAGUCGUUGAGCCACUGGAAUAUCCAAAUAGAGGAGCAAAGGUUAAAUAUAGAAAUGCAGAUGUUGGAAUUGGAGAAAGAGAAGUUCAAAUGGCAGAGAUUUUGCAGGAAAAAGGACCGUGAAUUGGAGAUGAUGAGGAUGGAAAUCGAGAGGAUGAAACUUGAGAAUGAACGUAUGGCCUUGGAUUUAAGACGAAAGGAAUUGGGUAUUGACAGCAAUUAAUGCUCUCUUUGCUUGCAUUUCCUGAUUCUAAAACGCAGUACGCCAAAUUCUCUUAUAUCUUAUUGAUUAACUGCUUUGUCGUUGAUGUUGUUGCCUUCGUCUGGAUUUAGAACACUCCUGCUAUUGAGGGUUGGUACAUUUCUGCUUGUAACUAUAUAAGACGAGCCUCUAGUGUUUGCAAUGGUUUCAUUUGUACCUUUUCGUUAUUCCAUUUAGUCGAUAGUUUUGGUUUAGGUCAUGACUAGUUGUUGUGGAUUGAGAGUCUAAACUAGAAUUUGAACAUUCUUAUGAUGAUAAAUUUUCCAUAUUUUGUAGACGUCGAAUGCUAAGAGUUUGGCCGGUUCCAUUAAUGAAUAUCUGAAGCUUCCGAACA